UAACAAUUAUUUGAGAAUCACUGUUUCGAAAAGUUUUUAUUGUUCUAUCAAAACAAAAAGUAUAACUUUUUUCAAUUAAUAAUUUAUUUAACCAAUUACUUUUGUGUUUUAUUUUUAAUAAAGUAAGUAAUUAGGAUUUUUGCUCAAGCCAUAAAAAUGAACUUAAGAAUAAAAGUUUUAAGAGGAAGUGAAUGUACAGUCAAAAUUAAGCCUGAGAACACUAUAUUGGAAUUAAAAUAUGAGAUAGAAAAACAACUAAAAAUCCCUGCAAUUCAUCAAAAAAUUGUUUUGAUGGGAAGAUCAUUAGCUGAUGAAAAUCAAAUAGCAUCGUAUCCAAUUUCUGACAACACAAGGUUGACCGUGGUUGUAAAGAAGCCUGAUCCUUUGAAAGAUAUAAUGUUUAGAAGUUUUAGAAAAUGUUAUAAUGAACAAGAAGCAGAAAUAUUAACAUCUGAGUUUAUGAAAGACUUUGAUCGACGAAUAAAGGAGAUGAGCUUAGAUGAUAUCGAAAGGCUGGCUACUGGAUUAUUAGAACACUCUUGAUUAGAAAAAAACUUGUAAAUGUUAUUAAAUAAACAAAAAUAACUUUGAAAAUCAACCUUUGCAAGUACUAACUAUUAAAAUUGAGCAAAAACUAUUUGCAAAAAUUUCUAGUUAUUAAGUAUUACCUGAUUACGGCAAAAUUAAUUUAAAAAAGUUCUACUUCCUAGUUAAAUAUUACAAUUUAUAUUUUUAUGCAGGUAUUCCGUGCGAAAAAUCAAAAAGGAAGAUCUGCAGAAUUCAUGUUCAUAUUUCUACAUAUAUUCACUUGCAAAGAGAUAGGUACACUUGUCAAUUUGUAAAUUAGUUUUCUUUCUUGAAACUGGUUAGUUUUUUUCUUGAAGUCUAAGUUUAACAAAAUUCUAUUUUGUGUGUAAAAAUUUUUGCGCUCGCAUAUUUUCUCGUACAUGCUAUGCUGUUCGGCCGCAAAAAUACUGAAAGACAAAAAAAAAUUGAAUAUUUUAAGUUAUUGGGUAAUGAACAAAAUUUCGACAACGGUGUUGGUAAAUGAAAAAAUUAUUGCAAAACAUUAAAAAUAUAAUUUUUUUUUGUAUUUAUGUAUUCACAUAGAUAACCUCGAUUAAGAUAUAAAUGGAGCAUCUGAAAAAUUCAUGGUAACAAUGUGUUAAAUAUGUUAUCAUUAAAUGCAGUGAAAGUCUACAAUCUACAUAUUCACAUUGCAACAAAAUUUGACUUACUGGUACCCAAAAAAAUUUUAAAAAGACAGCGCUGGGUGUACAAAGAAUAUUUUCCGCUCAAAAUUUAAAAACAGCUGAGUUCUCAUUUUUAAAUCCUUCUAUAUUAUUUUUUUUACGUGCCCAAAGAAAAUUUUCCUCACUAAAAAUUUAAUAUAUUUAUGAUGGUAUUCCUUUCUCAUCAUUCAUCACAUUGGGAAUCUUUCUCAAGCAAUAUAUUUUCUUUUGUGAUGGAAGAUGUUUUUUUAAAAUAAAAAUUAAAAAAAAAGAAAAGACUUAAAAUUACAAUUAAUAAACUAGAAAAAAUUUAAAAAUUAAUAUUGAAGAAAAGUGCAAAAAUUAUAAUUUGUUUAAGACAGGGGUUCAUUCGAACAAUAUAUUCAAAUUUGAAUCCAUUGGCAAUAUGUACAUACAGUUUUAGUCACAUGCAUUUUUUUUUGUAAUAAAUAAAUAAAAUAUUA